AUGGGCCAGCGAGCAUCCCUCCCCCAGCCUGGGACGAGCAUCCAAGUCAUCGGAGCCGGGUUAUCCCGAACAGGUACGGCGUCAUUCAGUCGAGCCCUGGAGAUCCUACUGAAUGGGCCCAUCUAUCACUGCGGGACCCAGAGCACAAUGGGCCCACCGUAUCAAGUCCAGCGGUGGAUCCAGAUCCUCCGACACUGGCUGUCUCGGUCUGACUCCGAACGAUCUACCAUGCUACAUCUGCUCCAGCAGCAGACGGAUGGGUAUGCGGCCAUCACCGAUGCGCCGGGCACGCAGUUCGUCCCUGAACUGAUGGAGCUGUACCCGGAGGCCAAGGUGAUUUGUACCGUGCGCGACCCGAUCUCGUGGGAGAAGAGCUUUGCACAGGUGAUGAAUAUCACAGGCUUCUGGGUUCUCCCAUGGGCACUUCUCCCUGUUCCAGGGAUGAUAAACUAUUUCAGAUAUCUGACGCUGCUGGGUGAGCAGUGGAAGCAGAUUUACGGGGAGUCGAAGCCUACGCGCCAGACGUAUGUGAGGCAUAUUGAAUGGUUGAAGAAGGUUGUUCCUGAAGAUCGAUUGGUAUUUUUUGACGUCAGGGAGGGCUGGGAGCCGUUGUGUAAAGCUCUUGGUAAAGAUAUUCCCCACGAUCAGCCGUUUCCUCAUGUCAAUGAUUCAGAGGCCGUCGAUAAGAUUGCGAGAUAUCAUGUUUGUCGUGGUCUGACGCGAUGGGCCGUUAUUCUUGCGGUUGGGGCGGCCGGUGUGGCAUUUUUCUGGCGCCGGUAG